CCGCCUCGCCUCGCCAUGGUGGAGCAGGGAGACGCGGCGCCGCUGCUGCGCUGGGCCGAGGGCCCCGCCGUCUCUCUGCCGCAGGCCCCGGAGCCGCAGGCUGGAGGCUGGGGCCGGGGCCGGGGCGGCGGCGGGGGCGCUCGGCCGACCGCGGAGCCUCCCCGGAGGCGGGAGCCCGAGGAGCCGGCUGCCUCGGAGGUGCUGCUGCAGCCCGGGCGCCUGGAGCUGGGCGACGUGGAGGAGGACCAGGUGGUGGCCGUGUUCGUGGUCACCUUCGACCCCCGCUCGGGAAACAUGGUAGAAUGGUGCUUACCUCAAGAUAUUGACCUUGAAGGUGUUGAGUUCAAGUCUAUGGCUAGUGGGUCCCAUAAAAUCCAGUCUGAUUUCAUCUAUUUCCGAAAGGGGCCCUUCUUUGGCCUGGCCUGCUUUGCCAACAUGCCCGUGGAGAGCGAGCUGGAACGUGGCGCGCGGAUGAAGUCUGUGGGCAUCCUCUCUCCCUCCUACACGCUGCUUUACCGCUACAUGCACUUCUUGGAGAACCAGGUUCGGCAUCAGCUGGAGAUGCCAGGACAUUACUCUCAUCUGGCUGCCUUCUACGAGGACAAAAAGGGGGUGCUCCAUGCUGGUCCUGGAAGAGGCAGCAGCCUGCCACCUGUCUACUGGUUGCCUUCUAUCCACCGAUACAUGUACCCUGAGAUGAAGAUCACACACCCAGCUGGCUGCAUGUCUCAGUUUAUUAAGUUCUUUGGAGAACAGAUCCUCAUCCUCUGGAAAUUUGCCUUACUUCGAAAGCGCAUUUUGAUAUUUUCUCCCCCACCUGUGGGUGUGGUGUGCUAUAGAGUGUACUGCUGCUGCUGUCUGGCCAACGUCUCACUGCCUGGCAUUGGGGGCACCAUUCCUGAGUCCAAGCCUUUCUUCUACGUGAACGUGGCUGACAUCGAGAGCCUGGAGGUAGAGGUGUCCUAUGUGGCCUGCACCACAGAGAAGAUAUUCGAGGAGAAGCGAGAGCUGUAUGACGUCUACGUGGAUAACCAGAAUGUGAAGACACACCACGACCACCUGCAGCCGCUGCUGAAGAUCAACAGUGCGGACAGGGAGAAGUACCGCCGGCUCAACGAGCAGAGGCAGAUGCUGUUGUACUCCCAGGAAGUAGAAGAAGACUACAACCCUUGUGAAGAGGACCUCUUCGUGCUGUUUUUCCUAGAACAAAACAACCGGAUAUUUCAGACUUUGUUGGAGGUGUCUGCAAGUCAAGACAAAACUCUGACAGCAGAGCAUGCCCGGGGCAUGGGUCUAGACCCCCAAGGAGACCGGAGCUUCCUCCUGGACCUGCUGGAGGCCUAUGGCAUUGAUGUCAUGCUGGUUAUUGACAACCCCUGUUGCCCGUAGGAGGAGCCAACAGGACUGGGAGCCGCCUCACGUGGGAUGUGAGCAGCCUGGAGUUCAUCCUAGGCCCCCAGAGGGCCUCAUUUUUUUUAAUUAAGUUGACACAAAGGAAUAUUGUUUAUACUUUCCAACAAAUGUAAUUUUUGCAAUUUCCUUUCUGCCCUUUUCCCUAGAGGUAAGGUGAGAUCGCCUUGGUUUUGUGUCCGGCCGUGCUAGGAUGCUGGAAUCUGCCACUUUUCCCCAGAGCUGCUGGUCCUUUGGGUUUGGUCUUGGUUGUAUCACUAGGAGUGGGCUGAGCUCUGGAAACAUUGGGAUGGACUCUUCAGAAAGUCUGUGUUGUCUUUGUCCCUUGAUGUAUUCGAGAAUAAGACAACCAUCUGUCCCGUGUGGCCUUAGAUGUUCAUCUGUCUAAAGGCAGAAACUAGACCAGAUGAUCUUUUAAGGUUUUUAGUAGUUCUAGAAGUCUAUAGUUUUGGGAUCAAAUCCCUUUUCUUGUUCAUUAGGGCAACUCAGUGUCUUCUCUGUUUACUUGAAUAGGGACCACAAAGAGAGACAAAAGGAUGCUUCUGACAUCAAAUGUGAGUUUAUCUUACAGUCAGAAUGACAGAAGUUGCUUAUCAGUAAACUGAAAACUAAAAUUACAGAAUGAAGCCUUGAAACCUUCCUCAAGGUAACUUAAUGGUGGCCAUGCAAUGUCAUGUUCCUCUUUCUCUGAACCCCUCUUGGGAUAAAUCAGGAAAUUGCUAAGGGCUAAUGCUGGCCUUGAAGCUUGCAAGCAAAUUCAUUUUCCAAUUUAGUCUCUUAAGGGUUCAGUGUGCCCUUGGAGUAAGUUGGGUAUUUUUAAAGGGUAAAGUUUGGGCUGCUGGAGGAUAGAACAGUUGACGUUCGAGCAGGAUAGAGAAGCCGCUCUAUGAGUCACUUCAUCUGGACACGAGUUCUCUGGAGGCAUUAGUAGCAACACCUCUGGGUCAACACAGAUGUACUGGAUUCCGGAAUCUAGCAAGCAUCUGAGCUGGUUAACUCAGAGGGUGGAGCAUGAUGCUAACAAGACCAUUUAUCACUUUGGACCCCUCACAAACACACUUCUCUUUAGCAGAGGUGACAUUCCUUAGGCUAAAUAAUUGGAUUUAGGGACAUAACAGAUUUGUUAGAAAAUGUGGCAGUGGUCACACCCAGGACACUGGUCAGGAAGCCUGAGCAUCAGCGAUGGAUUUAUCUAUCCAUCCUCUGCAGUGCUGUGCUCUAGGCUGGGUCUCGCUCCUUGCCUGUUCUCUCUGGUUGGCCUUUGCAGGAGGGCAGCUUACGUGUUUGUCAACCAGUUAGCCAGUUCCUGUGAGUUGAGUUUAGGCCUUUUUGGCCAUGGUUGAGGAUUUUGAUUUGGGAUACCGGGUUGUUGACGACAAAUAAUUUCUUCCUCCAUACCCUUCUCACCUGGCUGUGUUAUUGGAAUAGCCCAUCAAUGAAUACAUCCAUGUCUGUGACCAAGACCCAGCCAGACUAAUGUACACAGCAGAGAGAAAUAACAUUCAAAUGGUGGGUCACACAUCUCAUCCCAAGAUAAGGUUCUUACGGUUCAUGCUUUAUUCAAAAGUGUUUUUCACUAUAGCUCCUUCAUACGGAAUAUCAAAACUGAAGAAAUUCAUAUGUGGAAAUGCAAAUAGACAUUGAUUAAUGAAGGUAGCAUCUUUAUGUAAAUAUAUAAAUAAGUUUGGGCAUUGAAAUGUAAACUGUACAGCUAAUACACUUUUCUCUGCACUGUGAGUUGCCACCAUUUCAGUAAGGUGUAUGUUUACAAAAGAAAAAAAAAAUCCAUGUUUUGAGGUUGAUACCUCACCUAUUUUCUCCUUCACAUGCAACCCUCUCCUCUUGCCUCUGAAGGGUUGAUGGGUCCUUUCUAACUUAGGCCAAGUAAUGGUUACUUUUCGUGGUAUCCUGAGGCUCAGGGUGUUUUAAGCUGGGGGUAGGUGGUUAGAGGUAGGAGUAGGGGUGAAAGGAAAGGCCUGAUUCUCCUAGAGGACACAGGAAGACUUCCUUUUUCUGGAUUUGGGGAAUCUGCCAGGAGGGCUGCUUUAGGCAUUUCUGCUCCGAGCUUUCUGUAUGCAAACACUUUUGUUUCCUGUGCUGUUUUAAACUGCAAGCUCAGAAGUGCUGGUAUCAAGGUAGCAGGGUGAGAAUGAAGUUCCUGUAUUUUCCUUUGAAUGGUGAGUCUGGGCUUCUGGGUUCCCUUAACUUGUGCUUGUCUAGGUAGCUUUCUCUUGCAUCUCCAUGUGUCACCCUCCCACUCAUGGAGAGGGCCAGGGUAUGGGUGGCCCCAGAGGAGAAUGUGCCAGUGAGGCAGUGCCAUGUUUCAGGUCAUAGGGGCCUUGGGCUCAGCUGACCCCAAUGCAGAACUUCUCCCUUUAAGAGAGAUCCCAAGAAAUUGGUCCUUCCCUACCUUGCCAGCUUCUUCAGAGGGCCAGAAAUCUUGCUUAGAGCUUCUGCUUGGCUGAACAGCUUGUGCGUUAUCUCUUCGGUUACCUUUGCCACCGUUGAUCGUCCUCAGAGUAUGUCUUGCCUGGGCUAUGAAGUGGAGGCUGUGGCCUCCAAAAUCACCUAAGGCUUGCUUUGUACCAGAUUCUGCUCCCCCACAUCAGAAAUUAGCAGGCACAACCCGGGAUCCUUUGCUGCCAGUUUUCUACAAGGGGAAUUCCACAGUGACAACAGAAGCUAGGAGCCAUGUGGACCUGCUUUUCUGCCAGUCUUGAAAUAUUUUCUGAGAAGCCAUCUGCUUUUGUUCAGAAGAAAGUGGUAAACAUCGUUCACAGACAUCUAGGUCUGUAAGCUCUUUAGGGGCGGGCAUGAUGAUUAUCAUUGACCUCCUGGAGCAGGGUUGGAAACCUGUGGUGUGAUACCUUCUGCCACUAUCUGCUGCCUGGCCUCAGCCCUCGCCUGCCUAUGCAGGCCUAGUUCUCCUGUGAAGCUGUAAGCCUGAUCACAUGCCAUACUGUGAAUGAACCAUGUGCUGGUUUGGAAAUAACUUGCUCACCUGAGAUGCUGGCUAGGCUGCCCUAUUUAUUGUUCCUAAGUUAGAAGAUCCCAGAUGGGAGUAGAAUCCAUGUUUGGAGCUUGUUGGUAUCCAUGUAAAAUAUGACAAAGGCCUGUUAAAGGGGGUGUUUUCAAUUCUGUAGGCUCAGCAGAUGAUACUGCUCAGCCUUUGGGAAAAUGUCCAGUUAGCCCCUGGCUUAGGACUCUCCACAAGGAGUUAGAAAUGGUAGAGCUUAUCUCCUACCAGACUAAAAAAAGCAUGGGCCAAAUUAUGUGUUCAGAAUUUGCUUGGGCUUUUAAUGUGAAAUAUUCUCUACGCCUGCUGGAGACCAUUCCAGUGUCAGUGUCCCAACUGGGACCUGUACGAUCCUCAGUCAAUUAUGAUUAAAAUGAAUUAGAAGGCUUUUGCCUUCCAUAUCUAUCAUCUAUUAUAGCAUCUCUGCUUCCAUCUGGUUAAGGGAGGGAAGCUGAAAUCACUGAUGUAUCAAUAGAAGUAAUUUAGCAUAGGAACUUGCAUUUGUAACUUAUCUUGUUUUGUUCUACUUGAAAGUCAAGAAAGUUAAGAUAGCACACGGUGCAGAUGCUCCCAGAUGCCACAUGUGAAGAUUUGUGACCAUGUGACUACUGAUGAUCUUUUGGCUAGAAGAUAAAUCUUAGCUAAAUCACUGUUUUUCAUUCUAAGGGCUAUGAGGAUGAAUUUGCUAUCAGUCUUGAUACACUGAAAGCCAUUCAAACACACUAAAAGAUGAAAUCACUCACCUUUAAACUGAGGCCUUCAGGGAAGGGCAGUAAUGAAUUAGCCUUUCAGUCAUAGGACAUCAACCCUCCUAGAAGAGGCAGAGACCUGAGGGACCAUUUAUUUCCCUUUGAAACUGCAUAGCCCAGGGACUGGAUUAAGAUGCUUUCUCCAGUCUCUGUAUAGGUCAGCCUUGCAUAGGUAAAGGAAGAGUGGGCAGGUGGAUGAAUAAAAUAGGAUAAUGCUCAGCUUGGCAGUGAACUUGCCUUAUUGUGAUGACAGUUCUAACAUGGGCAAGAAAAUUAGCAUGGGGACCAAUAUGCCAGGCAUGGGCUUUUAUCUCCCUAAUAGAUCCCAAGCUUAGUGGGCUUGGAUUCUGCGAAAUGGCCAGUGCUCCUCUCUUGUCCCCUGUACCUUAUAGUUAUACCCUGGGGUGGGAAUCCUGCUGACCCUAGUCCCGUCCCUUCUCAUUUCAGGAGAACUCUUUUCUGAUUCAGGUAGGGGGAGAGGGGGAGUUAAGGGCUCCAUUUACUCCCAAGUCAUGGAUUUUUAAUAUUCCAUUUUUAUUACUAAUAUACCUCUGUUCCUAGAAGCUACUGGCGUACUGAGUGUUGUGGGAAAUGGCUGUGAAUUAAGUUAAUGUUUUUCUUAUAAGAAAUGGAAGUUUAUUUUUUUAUUGAUAUUACUGUGUGAUGAAAUGAGUAUGCAUAUACUGAAAUGGAAGGAAAUUUUAAAACUAUUCUAGAGGAAAUGGGCAGUUUUGUAAUUUGGUAGUGGCUGAGACCCUAUAGAAGUUUUACUAUGUAAAUAAUUUGGAGAGUGAAUAAGGAGAUUGUGCUAUAAAAUCUUGACAGCGCUCUUUAGGAGGCAGACUUGACAGUCCUAGGAAGGUUGACAUAAAAACACCAACCUUAAGUAAAACUCUAGUACAAAAAAGGGUAAAUGGCAUCAUUCUUAUUUUUGGGCCUCUUUCUUAACUGGAGAGAGGUGGGAGUGGGAGGUAGAUUUAUAACUGGCACUUUAAUUCAUUUUUGGAACUAGAAUUUAGGGGCAGUUGGAUGAAAUUGCAAAUUUAGAAAGGGAAUAAGAAUUUUCUAGUGCUAUAUAAAGACAACGGAGAAAAAAAGCCUUGCUUUCAUCUUUUUAGAAUUCUCGAAUUUUAGCAUACUGUGGGGCUUCUAGAGUUAAUAUGAUCUAAAUUCAGAAAAUUUAAUUUUCAUAGUAGGCCAGGUAUGAAUUACUUAUGUUUCCUGUAGAAUGCUUAUUUAGACUAAUAAUAAAUUUACUUUGCUUUCUAAGGCCAGUCAGCAAGUGUGGGGGUGAGGCAGGAUGUUUUAAUUAGCCAGAGAUGAUCCAUAAAGUGAACAGUCCACACAGAGGUCACUGAGUUGGAUGGUUGCAGAUAUUUAAUUGACAUUAGAAUGAAAACUCCUUCCUUUGGGUAAACUAAACAAAAAGUAUACUAAAAAUUUUAAGAUGAUGUUACAAAAAAAAGUUUCGGUCUAAUGUGUCCACAAAGAUUGUCAAGUAAAGAAUGGUGGAGAUUCUUGGCUUUUGAACAACCACCCUGGAUGAGUGACUUCAGGGACAGAGAGCAGAGGAAAGCAAAAUGAAUUUUCUGUGUUUACCCAAAGCUUGUUGACUGAAUUUUUGUACAGGUCUGGGAAAAUAAGCCUAAACAAAUAGUUGUAGCCUUAGAAAAACUUUUCCCAUUUCUUUCUAAGAAUCAGCAUAGCCUCCCUGUCGCCUUAAAGGUAAAACUCCUAUUUUGAUUAAUAACCCAGCCUAAGAGUUAUAGCAAUACGAGAGACUGAAUCUAUUUUUGUUUCAGGUAUUUACCUCAUAUUAUGAAAUUGGUAAGACACUUAAUAAAUUUUGCCCUGAAUACUGGUGUGCCCAGGUAUGCCGUGCUCUCUCUGUUGCCAGUGGUGGUAAUUUUAAGACCUAAAGAAAGCUGGGGUUAAUCCUGAAGCUAAGAGUAAAUGUUUCUUGAAUUGAUUUUGUUCUGUGGUACAAAUAACAUCUAUGAAUAUUGUAUCUGUAUAUAUCUGAACCAAGUUAUGUGCAGAGAGGUUGACAUAACUAUAUUUACAGAAAAUGAUUUUUACAAUUAAAGUUCACAUUUUAACAUGAACAUGUGUGCUGCAAUCCCUUCUCUAGUCCAAGAAAUGUGGUUUGUGGUAGGAAGGAAUGGUGGCCCACCCCACGAGCAGAGCUGUGGGGCUGAACCUGACUUCACUUGCAGUCCUGAAUGGAGGAGACUGGGGAGCUGCUACCUGUCCUCCUAGAAGCCACGAUCAGGACAAACUUUCUCCAGGUAAUAGGAAACAAAGUUGGGAAUAACUACACCACCCAGAAGACGAGUUUAAAACUGUAUGUAUAUAUUUGGUAUAUGUGUAUAUUCUAAACUUCUAUUUCAUUUUUAACCUUUUGGGGAGUCGCCAACAUUCAUUUAGAACUGGUAUAGAGUACACUGCUGGCGGCGGCUCUGUAAAUCAAAUGGCCUGGAAUCAAAGCCGGGUUCCUACUUUCUGAGCUGUGUAACCAUAUAAUAUUACAGACUGAAUGUCCCUUAUUUGAAAUGCUUGGGACUCAGAAGUAUUUUCAGAUUUCAGAUGUUUUAGGAUUUUAGAAUCUUUGCAUUAUAAAUCCAAAACCCAAAAUGUUCCACUGGGCACUUCCUUUAAGCAUCAUGGUGGCAAGGUUUCAGAUUUUGGAGCAUUUCGGAUUUCACCUUUUCAGAUUAGGGAUGCUCAACCUGUAGCUACUUCCUAGGGUUGUUGUGAGAACUGAUGCAUCAGUUACGUGUGUGAAGCACUGGCACAUAGGAAUUAUAACUGCAUACAAAUAUGUGCAAAGUAGGUAUGAGGAAAAACGCUUUAUGUUAAGCUCUUAUAGAAAGCAACUACGGUGUUUUUAACAAAAGUAAUCUUUGCAUUUAAGUGAAAUUAACCUGUCAAAAGGUUUGUACUAAACAAAAUCACCUGGAAAAGGAGGCUGACUUAAAAAAUGCAGAUUCCUGGGCCCCAACCCCAAACUGGGUUAUUAAGUUCUCCUCCAGACAGCUCAGCAUUCCAGCUUUGGCUGACAAGGCUCACUCUCUUUUAGUUGCAUUGUUAAACAUCUUCCAUGCAGGCCUUAUGGGGAAGGACAAGGCAAAGAACAAAGCAGUCAACAAUAAGGAAACCAAGCCCUCACAGGAAAGAGCCUCAAUCAAGAAAACAAAGUUUGAAACAAGUCUUCGCUCCUUGAUCUUCCUGUGGUGCACUGCCGUCUAGAGUGUAAGAACCUCAGGGGCACUAAACAAAGGAAAAUUGGUCAGUGGUAGGAAAAGUAAAUGGUGUCAAUGACAGGCUUGGCAAAUCAGGUGGAUUUCAGUUCUCUGCCUUCAACAACUAAAGGAGAAUCUAAUCAAGUUGUUAACUGAUAGAUCAUUAUUAAUAAUUCUUGAUAGAGCACUAUGAUUUUUGUCGAAAUUCCAAAGGAAUUCAAAGAACUGCACAAAAUUAACAUACUUCUUUCUAUUCUCAUAGAACUUAUGUGCUUACAUCUAUAAAGAAAUGAAACAAGGAAUACAACUGAGGUUGAACCCCAUCUCAGCUGUAAAUAACAUUCGUGUACUCUUGGAUAAAUGAACUAAUUAGGUUAAAGAACAUUCUAAUAGAACAAUUUUUAAUCAUCAAAUAAUUAUAUUAAUAUUUUCAUUAUAUACCAAUAAUAUUUGUUCUGGACUGACAGAAGAACUAAAAAAACUUACUUAUUUCCAUUUAUACUUUUUUGUUGACAAGGAGAUAAUGGGGCGAAUGAUUAAAAGAUGUCAGGCAUAAUAGAUUACAUUAUGACAGGACUCUUGGCUGAAAGUGGUAUGGAAAUACAGAAGGAGAGAAGCCAAUUUAAAAUGUUCAACUACUAAAAAACUAGCUCAUUUAUUUUUAUAAAUGAAUGAACGGUGUCAAAUUGUUGUGAUAUUUAAAUGGUACUGAAUAUAUUUAAAAUAGCGAUAUAACAGUUUUUAUUGUAAAAUACCAAUAUUUACACAACACCAGCAAAUACAUACUUUGUCAACUAUUUAACUUCCCAUGAAAAAUUUUAGGUGGCAACUUAGAUGGGUGAGGGGAUACAUGAUUUUUCAAAAUACUUUUGGGGGGGCACAUGAGCAGAAUACUUUGUGGACCACUGUUUUUAAAACACUAUUUCUCCAAGUAUGGCUGAGGGACAACUUACAGAAUCACCUGGGAAGGGUGGCUGACUUUUAAAAAAUGCACACUCCUGGGCCCCUUCCCCAAAUUGGGUUGUUAGGUUUGGGGUGGACCCCAAAUAAAUUUUCAACAUGCAUCCCAGGUGGCUCUCAUGCAUACCAUUUAGGAAGCACUACUUAAAAAAAUAAAAACUAGCAUUUUACAGUAUUAUAGCCAUGGCUGGAGGUGAAAACCACCUCACAUACAUUUCUGGACUGAGGAUAGAACUGAAAUAAAAGCUAAACAGAAGCUGGAGCUCACAAAAUAGCAGCACCCAUGGAGGAGCCUAGAACUAGGAAAGGGUCACCAGGGAAGGAAGACACUUCCCCGGAAUUACUAGCACGGUCAAAGAACAGAACAAGAAUGGAGGGGCUUAGGCAGGCUAAGCCCACUGUGGGCUCUCCACUGUGGUUGCACUUUUGGAUAAAACAGAAGAAAGUCCUUUUCCAUCUUGAACCAGCCUGAGGAAAGCUCGUGUUUAGGAGGGUCGACCAUCACACCAAAAUAAAACAUGCACUAACGGAAGCUGAUUGCCAAGCAGGUGACAGAGCACACUUUGGGAAGCACUACUGGAGGGGGGCAGAGACAUACUUGCCAUGAAAAUGCCCUUGGGACCCUCUGUCAACACUUUUGGGAUGGUUGAGUCACCUGUUCUGUUUUGGUCCCGCCAAUGGCCUAAAGUGUAGUCUCAGAGCACUUGCCUUCUGCCUGCUCACUGGGUGGGGCUUGCCAGCAGUUCUCUUUUCCUAGGAUCACAGAAGAACUGCAGCUUCCUGGGGAGCAGUUUCACCUCCACAGGCAUUGCUUCAUACUCCUCACUGUCAAUGCUAAAAGAGCCCCCGGCUCCCUGGGGAGAAGAGAAUAUUCAGAACAGCUCACACCCACAUCAGUGGCCUGCUUGAAUUGGAAGUCUCUCAACAGCAUCAGAAUUUCAUUAUUGGAAAAUAUCAUCCUCUCUUGAGAAUUUAUCCUAAUGUUCUUUUACAAAAAAAAAAAA